UUUUUCUUUAAAACGAUUAAGAAUGUAACUGGAGCAUUCGGCAUAUGACACAGUGUUGACUAGACUCGUGUAAGUUACAAAACGCAUAUCCUAUGACACUGAGGAGUGGGGUGCGCAUUUAGGAGAGGGACAGAGCAGAAGGAGCAGGCUUGGGUCCAAGCAUGACAUCUAAAAUAGAUAAUCCUCCACCCUAUGAAGAUGCACUGCACCAUCCCAAGUACGAUCCCACCCUGCUGCAGCAAGGUUCAGCUGACCCGCUGCCUCCAUCCUACAGUCCUGGCCCGGACAUGUACGCUGGCCCACCUAGCUACUGGGGCCAGGCCGGCAUGUGGGCAGCGCCUGGCAUCUCUCCAUCUGCGAUGGCCACCACAAUACCCACUUUGUCCGCCGGGAUGCCUGCAACCAACCCAAGAGAGAUGGAGGGCUUUCUGAGCACACAGUGGGAGAGUACAUCUGUUCGACACGCUUUUAUCAGAAAGGUGUACUUAAUUUUAGCAGCUCAACUCACUGUCACCUUUUCAGUUGUGGCAGUCUUUACGUUUGUUGAACCAGUCAAGAUGUUUGUUAUCAAGUAUCCUGGAAUCUAUUGGGCAUCCUUAGUGGUUUACUUUAUGGUUUACUGCAUUCUCAUCUGCUGCAAAGAGCCAAGGUACCCUGCCCCAGAAAAGCAAGAACUGGUAAAUGGGUUUGGAUGUACGCAUGCAUUCAUGACACUGUCUGUGUCUAGGAGGCGCUUUCCGUGGAAUCUGGUGCUGCUGGCAGUAUUUACUGUUGCACUGUCUUACAUGUCUGGAACAAUUUCAAGCUAUUAUGAAACAAAAGCGGUCUUUCUUGCAAUGGGAAUAACAGCGUUAGUUUGUGUCACUGUCACGGUCUUCUGCUUUCAAACCAAGGUUGACUUCACUUCCUGUGGGGGAUUUCUCUGUAUUGCCGCCAUUCUGCUCGUCAUCAUCGGGACUGUGACAGCCAUCGUGCUCUCCUUCCACUACGUACCAUGGCUUCAUAUGCUCUAUGCUGCCAUUGGCGCAAUCAUUUACACCUUGUUUUUAGUAUACAACACGCAGCUUCUCAUCGGAAACCGGGAGUUGGCGUUAAGCCCAGAAGAGUACGUUUACGGAGCACUGUCACUCUACAUUGAUAUUGUUCACAUUUUCCUCUUCAUGCUCCAAAUCAGUGGUUCAGCUACUGAAUAAGCUCAAGGAGAGAGCACAACAUGUCACAUCGGAGCUUGGACUAACAUUAUCCUGCGUUACCUAACGAUUGUAAAGUAUGCGCUGUAAGUAUUUCAAUGUUGCACUUGCUGUUUUGCCGCCAACACUUGAGCACUUUGCAUUAUUCCUGUCAUAUAUGAAGAAGGGCAGCUGACAUUUGUUGAGGAAACCGAAACGUUCAUUCGGUAUGUUGCUGAUAAUGGAUCUUCCCCAAGUUAGUGUGUGGAAAAUCAUCAGCGAAACAAAAGAAUCCAGUGAUUUAUGCUUUGAAAAUAUUUUUAUUAGCCAUGAUUUGUUCUUUUGCUUUAGAUUAAAAAAAGACUCAUCUAGUUACAGGCAUAUUGUAGGAGACCACAAUGGUUAGUUGGAGGUAGUUAGGAUUUCAGUAUGGUAAAAACUGGUAGUUAUCUCUCUUGUGAAGAGAUCCUGACCAGUUGACUAGUGCAUCUUUCCAAUCUAACUCGAGUGCACGUCUCCUCUCUCUCAACUGUUGUUUGUUGUUAAGACAUCUGUUCACAACAAUCAAUAAAAUUUCCCUCUUGUUGCACUGACUCCAAUCUCUCAGAGUAAAACUUAAUCCCAGUAUCAGGUUAGUGUCUUUAAGAGGGGCACUAACCCAUUAAA